AUGUCUCUCGUCGCUGGUCCCGGACGUGGAGGAGUCUUGUCUGACCUCCCCGCCGAACUCCAGCUCUACGCCCAGAAACACGUCGAUUACAUCCAGUCCCUCGACACGGUCCGCAGCCAUUGUCCCCGAUCGCAUGCGCUCCUUACUGACGCCCGAAACAGNCGGAAGGAUGAACUCGAAUACUGGCUCACCGACCACUUGCGCAUGAGUGGCAUCUACUGGGGCAUCACUCCGCUCUACCUGCUCGGCCAACCCGAUGCCUUGCCCAGAUCCGGCUUGCUGGACUUUGUUUUCUCCUGCCUACACGAGAACGGCGGCUUCGGUGCCGCGCCUGGCCACGACCCACACAUGCUGUACACCGUCAGUGCCGUUCAGAUACUUGCUACCCUAGACGCCUUCGCCGAGCUAGAGCAAAGGGUACCUGGGGGCAAGGAUCGCAUAGGUCGCUUCAUCGCUGGCCUACAGAAGCUCGACAACGGCACUUUCGCUGGUGAUGAAUGGGGCGAGACCGAUACACGAUUUCUUUACGGUGCGUUCAAUGCCCUUUCCCUGCUUGGCUUGAUGCAUCUGGUCGAUGUCGACAAGGCCAUAGAACAUGUACAGUCCUGCGCAAACUUCGAUGGCGGCUACGGGACAGGCCCAGGAGCAGAGUCUCAUUCGGGUCAAGUCUUUACAUGCGUUGGAACGCUCGCUAUCGCAGGCCGCCUGGACCUUGUCGACAUUGACAAACUCGGUGGCUGGCUUAGUGAGAGACAGCUUCCUAAUGGUGGCCUCAACGGCAGACCAGAAAAGCUCGAAGAUGUGUGCUACAGUUGGUGGGUUGUGAGCAGUCUGGCAAUGAUCGAUAGAAUCCACUGGAUCGAUCAGACGAAGCUGGCAGAGUUCAUUUUGAAGUGCCAGGACCCAAACAUGGGCGGCAUUUCAGACCGAGCAGGCGAUAUGGUCGACGUUUUCCACACGCACUUCGGUAUUGCUGGUCUCAGUCUGCUGAAAUACCCAGGGCUGCAAAAGAUUGACCCAAUUUACUGUAUGCCCAAAGACGUGACUGACCGUAUACUCGAACGGACAAGUAAGUAG